UCUUCAUCACUACUCUUCAUCUUUCCAUUCAAUUCUAUAUUGCAGCUAGCUUUAAGCUUUCAACAUCAAAAUCCAGUUCAGCAAUGGCAAGAACCAAGCAGACUGCUAGGAAGUCUACUGGCGGUAAGGCUCCCCGCAAGCAGCUGGCCACUAAGGCUGCUCGGAAGUCUGCUCCGGCCACCGGUGGUGUUAAGAAGCCUCACCGUUUCAGGCCAGGGACUGUGGCCUUGAGAGAAAUCAGAAAGUACCAGAAGAGCACUGAGCUUCUCAUUCGCAAGCUUCCGUUUCAGCGUCUGGUUCGAGAAAUCGCUCAGGAUUUCAAGACCGAUCUGAGGUUUCAGAGCAGUGCCGUGGCUGCUCUUCAGGAAGCCGCCGAGGCGUAUCUUGUAGGGUUGUUCGAGGACACCAAUUUGUGUGCCAUUCAUGCUAAGAGGGUCACCAUCAUGCCGAAGGAUAUUCAACUUGCCAGGAGAAUUAGAGGCGAGAGAGCUUAAUAACAUUUAUUUUCUUAAAGCGCAAGUGGAUCGCAACUAGGUUUUCAAUGCUAUCUUCAGCACAUAUGAGAAAAUGAACGGAGAUCUACUCUCUUUGUAGACUGCUUGGAACUCUGAUCAAUGAAUUUAUUCCGCCAAUUAGAUGAA